UUGUCUUUUUAUACACCCCAGCCUGAGGUAUCUCGGGAAGUGGUGGCGACUCCAGCCGGUCUACCAGCCCCGACCAACUCGCGUAACUACGUGAAGGUCACCUUUGACCAAUCGCCUGUCAUGUCCACCUACCUGGUUGCCAUGGUGAUUGGUCAUUUUGAUCAUUGCAGCGUGGAUGACCCAAACGGCGUGAAGAUUCGCGUUUUCACGCCGGUGGGCAAGGCGCACUAUGGGUACCAUGCGCUACGCAUGGCCAAGAGUGCCCUGCCCUUCUACGCGGACCUCUUUGGCACCAAAUUCCCCCUGCCGAAACUCGACCUCAUUGCCAUUCCGGACUUCUCGAUGGGGGCUAUGGAGAACUGGGGACUCAUAACUUAUCGGCAAGUCUUUAAAGCUCUCGCUGUCUCUCCACUUUGCGUUACUCUUCUCGAGACGUCGCUGCUUAUUGAUGCAGCAAAGUCGUCACUGCAGUCCAAGCGUAACGUGGCUCGCACCGUCUCCCAUGAACUGGCCCACAUGUGGUUCGGCAAUCUGGUGACAAUGGAGUGGUGGACGCAUCUAUGGCUAAAUGAGGGCUUCGCUACCUUCAUCGAGUACCUCGCCGUGGAUCACUGCUUCCCCGAGUACGACAUCUGGGUAAGUUCCGCUAGUACGAUCGUUGCAAGCUGA